GAGACGUUGUGUUAGCAAGACGUGCCUUAUAUCACAUGCUAACAAAUUUAUCUUAAAAUUAUAUUUGUUUAGAAAGUUAAUACCUCACAGUGUGCUCACUAUUAAUCAAAUGGUGUGUUUUAACAUACAGGCAAAGUCGAUCAUGAUUGCAUAGUUCUAAGGCAAUAAAGUUAAAGCGAUAAAAAAAUAAGAAUAAAAAAAAAUAAAUUGCUUUGAAAGGAAAUAAAUAUUUAGAAAGAAAAAAGAGUAAAUAAAUCAUGUGAUUAGUGCUAUAACAAAUAAGCAAGAAAAAUUAAGUAAUUUGAGAAAAAAAAUAAUAAUCAAUAAAUUUAAUCGCACAUAAAAAAUAAAUCUAGAUAUUUAAUAAGUUAGCAACUCCCUAUACGCACACUAUUAUGUAUAGAAAAUUGAAUUUGCUAUCAAUUCUACUUUGUGGAUUCUUACUCAUUGGAUCCUGCCAUGCUAAAGGGCAGCAGCAUAAAGUACAAUGUACGGAAGAUGUAAUGAAGGUACUCGUAGCCCUGCCAGACAAUAAUACUCGAGUUUAUUUGGAAGGUCUUAACGGUUACAAGAUUGAGAAAUGUGAGCCGAAGAUCAAUGAGAAUCUUGCUGUUUUUGAGCUCAGUCUCAUCAACUUUUAUGACUGUGGAUUGAUCAGAGUCGUCAAUAAGUUAACAGACAUAAAAACGUUCUAUCAUAAAAUUGUUAUAGAAAGCGGAAAACUGAAGCAACUUGUGAGCGUAAAGUGCAUAACACAGCGUAGAAAUCUUAAUUCAACGGUCUAUCAAACCCAUUCUGUUGUUAGACGAGAUGUUCUACCAGCUGGAUUUGAAGAACCCACAAAUCUAGACAUUACGACCGUUUAUACUGAGAAAGCACCGGAACCAGUUCUCGGAGUUGGCGUUAGACAAAAUGGGAAUCUUAUAUCAGAUAAUUUGAAUGUAUCUCCAGGAACGCCAUUACAAAUGGAAAUCUUUUUGGAUAGAAACUCAUCUUCAGUCUAUGGUUUGGGAGUUAAUUACAUGCAGGUUUCAGACACACACAAUCAGGAAGAAACAAUCAUUUUCAACGGGUGCUCUGUUGAUCCGUUCUUGUUUGAUAACUUUGCAACAGAUGAUGGAGACUUUUUGACUGCCAAAUUCAGAGCUUUUAAAUUUCCCGACUCAAACUAUGUCCAAUUUCGUGGAACUGUAAAUGUCUGUUUAGAUAAAUGUAAAGGCGUUGAAUGUGCUGAUGGAAAGAUUGGUUAUGGAAAAAGACGAAAGCGUGAAGUGUCAAAUUCUGAUUCGAAUAAACUCUAUGAAAUUAAUCUCUCAACAUUCAUUAAAGUUGACUAUGAGGGAAAUCCAGACACGAUGGUGUUAACAGAGACUGAAGAGAAUUUGAAGAAUCUUAAAAUAGCAAAUCAAAAAUUGAACCGAAAUAGUCGAGAAAAUGUCUUUGAAAGCAUCCACGAUACAAGACCUGAGAACUUAAAUAGUGAUACAGCAAAAGUGGAAGAGACGAGUGUCUUUACGAGAGUAAUUGAGAAUUUUGAAACAUCUGGUGCGCCACUUAUAAUCGGAAAUACUGCAUUAAUCACAUUAGUCGCUGUAAUACUCAAUCAAUUAAUAUUUUAAGAAUCUGGGUUAAAUUCUUAUUCAUGUUAAAUAAACCAUCUCAUCCAUCGGCCAACAAAUGUAUUAUGUAGAGAAAAAAAAAAGAACUAAUGUAUCUUAUGAGUGUAUUAAAAGCUAUUUAAUUAAUUUUUUUGCGCUACGAAAUCGAAUAAAUUUCUGUAAAAAAAAAUCAGUUCAUCUUUAAAAGCAUAAAAAUGUGAACGAAAAAAAAUACUUGAGAGAAUCAAAAAAAUCUCCCUAACAAUUCAACAUUCCUAAAGAAAGUAAAAUUUUAUGUACUAGUCUAAAAUGAUUAAUAAUAAUUAAUGAUGAUCAAAUAAUCUUAAGAAAUUACAAAACGAAGUAAACUUAAUGUUAAUGAAAAACGAAAAUAAAAAUAA